CAAAAAAUGGCUAUGUAGGUAUUUUUCAUUAAUUAAGUUUUUAUUUUUUCCACUAAACUAAUCGUGUUUAACUGAAUAUGUGUAAAGUCUGUGCUUUUCGCCUUGCCUAAAUGAUUCCCUGGAGGUAAGAGAGUAUUGCAUCAUCGAUCUCGCCUCGCAGCGCUGGUUGCCAUCCGUCCCGAAUCAAUACAGAAAGACGCAGAUGGUGUGAAAAGGACAGCAUCUGUCCUCAAGUUCCAUGACAAAAGGAUGCUUCCUUAAGGAGCAGCGGGGCUCUCUCGACGGCGGCCGACAUCUUUGUGGCUGCGAGGUGUGCGAACAUGUGAGCGCUGCCCUGAUUUUUUUCCUGUCCCACCGCUUCCACCGCAGCCCUCUAUCUGGAUUCUCCAGUAAACCAGGAAGAUGGCUGCCACGAAGGUCCUAACUAGCACUGGUCUUUUCUUGGCGCUUUUUGCGUUGGGAUUGCUGGCGAUCGCCAUCUGCACCGACUAUUGGUACGAGACGGAUGCGCGGAAGCACCGAGAGAGGUGCAAGAAUUACGCCAACAAAAGAAACGACCCUGGAUACAUAUAUAUUUCCAAUCACAACCUUCCCCUGCGAAUGCCGCAAAAGGACGAUAGUGUAAAGGGGAGCGAUGCGCGUGCAGGGACCCUGUCCCGGUAUAAAAGGCACUUCUUGGCAGCUGCAUCUGCGAUGGAGUCUCACUGCAGCCGGCAGUUCAACUCCACCGUCUCCGGGUUGUGGAGAAAGUGUCACCGAGAUGGAUUUGAUCUGGAGACUGACGAUCUCAUCUAUAAAGGGCUGGUUCACCGUUGCACACCAAUCAAGUACCACUACUCCUCUUCCAUCCUUCCCCGGAACCUACCCGUCAACGUCACCAAGACGAUACGGCAAGAUGAGUGGCACGCCCUGCACCUGAGAAGAAUGACGGCCGGUUUUAUCGGCAUGGCGGUGGCAAUCAUCCUGUUCGGAUGGAUCGUCGGAGUGCUGGGCCGCUAUCAGCAGCAUGAUUUAAUGCAGUACGUAGCUGGCCUCCUCUUCCUCAUGGGAGGAACAUGCUGCAUUAUCUCCUUGUGUACCUGUGUGGCGGGAAUUAACUUUGAACUGUCCCGUUACCCGCGAUACAUGUAUGGAGUACCAGAGGACAUUAGCCACGGUUACGGUUGGUCCAUGUUCUGUGCCUGGGGUGGGCUGGGCCUCACCCUGCUGGCUGGAUUCCUCUGUACACUUGCACCAUCUCUCAGUGGCCCUCGCACAAUGGUUCACAAGGCCAGACAGGAAAAUGGCUGUGUGUGACCAUCAGUGUAGGCUAGCUCCAAGUAGCACGUGGGUCUGACCCCCGCCUUCCAUCUUUCCAUCCUCCAAAAAACAAGUAAGUUCAAAUGAAAGCUGGGAGUCUAAGAUGGGCCAGAUGUGCACUGCUCCAGAACCAUAUUGACUGCAGACCAACAGCACGCUGCUUGACAGGUCAGGUAGCAACUGUGUUUUGGAUUCUCUUACAAUGGUGCUCUCGAUCCCUCAUAUGCUUUUUGCCUCCUGGGAUUAAAAAAAAUCAAGAAAACUGUGCAAAGCAAACAGAAACUAAAUGGACAUAUUGAGGACUUGUCUGUGUCUGGGUGGACUGAACUGUGAUUGUUACUUGCUCAGACAAUGCAGGAAGAAAGAAGAAAUUAGGCUGGUAUAACCUUGCAAUCAUUAUGGACCUUAAAAUAUUAUAGUCUAAGGCUAUUUAUUUGUUUGUUUGUUUAUUCGUUUGUCUUAUUUAUUUGUUUGUUUGUUUAUUUAAGUAAUGAAUUAGGAGUUUGAAGCAAACAGGAGAAACACUAAAAUAAACUAUGAUAAUUAUAGAUUGGGUUAAAAAAAAAAACUCCUCUUUAUAAUUCCCAAGAUGUGGUUUGUUCACGUGCAGUUCUGCCUAAAUGCCUUCUUUGCAGGCCUUGUAGAGGAAUUCCUACGGUGUAAUAAGUAUAGGGCCCUUGAAUCAUUGGUGGUUUCCUGAAAUGAACAAGGACCUUUUUUAGUUUGAAGUGUGGCAGUACGAAUAUCAGUCAUGUCGUUGAUCCAAAACAGAAGAGACAGGAAAACACUACUGCUUGAAACCAUGAGUGUGGAUAUGGAGAGUGGAGCCAUAUUUAGAUAUGUUUACGUGAUCGUACUCAUUUGCAUUUUUCUGUUUACGAAGUGAAUGUAUCACCAUGUGUUCGUGUGUCUGCUGAACCAUUUCAAAUAUGAAACAUGCCCACUGCAGAGGUGAGGUCCACCGUGCCACGUCCCACACACAGAAACAGGCCCUGAUGCUUCACCUUUCCUUCUGAAUCUGUCUACGGGCCAGAAGAGGGACUUUUAAAGUUACAGUAUUGAAGUAUAUUUUACAAGUAGGUAAUAACAGACUUAAAUUCAGGGAGAUCUUGUAAAUAAGAGUGAAGAAUCCAUUUUUUUGCACAUUAGAAAGCACAUUUUUCAACAUUCUGCUUCAACAUUUUUCAAUUUCAGAACUGAUGACUAGCUUAAAGGAUCUUUUGAAUACUUGUAUUAAUAGAAAUAGCAAAUUGUGAUUUAUAACGUUUUCACUACCUAUGAUACUGUGUGUGACUUGUCUCCUAUAGCAUCGUGUCACAUUCCAGCUGUUAGGCAGGGGGCUUUGUUUGCUUGCAGCGAUUGAUAUUAUUGGACCACAUUUUGAAGGUUGCCAAACAUAUUCAAUCUGCUUAAAAGCUUAAAGCCUGGGUACCCAUCAAUCUGUAUUUUUUCAGCUGGACCGUAGUUCAGGCCGAGCAUUCUCCUGCCUUUCACACAGUAACACUUAGUAGCACACCUGAACACAAGUAAGGGAUUAUAAAAACACACAUUUCUGUCAGUCCAUUUGUCUUUUGUGGAGGGACAAAAUUCUGUUUUCUUCAUUUACUAUUGCCAUGGCUGCUCAUUCCUCAGAUUGCGCAGAGCAAGACUUUUUUGCCGGUCAAGCAAAAAUAAUCAGAGCACAGUCAUAAGCGUUGCAUCUUUGGACAUAUCUUCACAGUUGGGUAAAGUGUUAAGGGCGAUAUCAGUUUUGGUUCACCUUUGCAAUGUGGGUGAACUAUUGAUCCUGUCGAGAGUGCUGCUGAAAGAAAAACAAAGUGUCUUAAAAUGGCAAGAGUUACAGAUUGUGAUCCAAAAAUCCUUCCGAAGGAGUACAGAGAAGACAGCACUGGGCGGCAAAGGCCAGCUUAGAGGUACUGAACCAUGGCGUCAACGCUGGAACAUCGAUUCUCUGUGAUUAAUCACUGCUGUUACAGCAGGAUUCCCACACUGAACGUGCAAUGUACUGUACUGUGGACAGUUAUGGUUAAAAAAAGCGCUGAUGAUUAUAAUAAUAUGAGCUGAUUAAAAGGGUGUCAUAUUUGUUUACUGCCAAAAUAAUGAACACUGGACAACAAAAAAUGAAAUGAGCUCAUUUUAGUGUAAAAGUUAGUUAAGGUGAGUGUACAUCGUGAAUGUGCUUUCCGUUUGUGAGAAGGAAGAAAUGUAUUAAUACAGGUUAUAUUUCUCUUAUCAACAGUUGUUUUUUUCAAGUAUUAUCAUCUUCACUUUAUAUUAAUUUUUAAUGGUGGCAUUUGCACUGGUGAACAAAGGCAUUAAUCUAGCAUGAAAUCAUGAUUCAUUCAUUUUAGUGUAUAUAGAAUUGUGACUUUUUUUUUAUAUUAAA